UCAGCUGCACAACCGGAAAUUCCUUGUGUUGAUCUUCGGGGUGUUUGUUUGUCGGCCUCUUUCUUUACUGUUUUCGUCUGUUUUCUGUUCUCACUUGGUUUAUUGAAUUUUGACACAUCAACGCAAACACCACUGGUGUUCGACGGAAAGGUAUCAUAUAGAAACGCGAUUAUUGUCUCAACUGUAGUCGGCCCCUAGUCUGGGCUAACGUUAGCCUAGCAUUUAGUGAAGUCUCGCUAGCUAGCGUUAGCUUGCUUUAGCUGUCACCCUAGCUGGCCUGAAAAAGACAGCCGGUUACUCACACAAAACAUUGACAAGAACGGUACAAACACACACGCAGAAACAAUGGCAGUUGUCAAUGAAGGUGCCCUGAAGAAAAUGCUGAAGCAAUACAAAUACAGAGAUCUUUCUGUACGUGAGUUAACCAAUGUCAUCUCACAGUACAAGGACUUGAAGCCAGUUAUGGAUGCUUAUGUGUUUAAUGAUGGCUCCACAAGAGAUCUGAUGAGCUUGACUGGGACAGUACCAGUGAGCUACAGAGGCAAUGUCUACAACAUCCCAGUGUGUCUGUGGUUGCUAGACACAUAUCCCUUCAACCCCCCCAUAUGUUUUGUCAAACCUACCAGUGCCAUGAUGAUCAAAACGGGCAAGCACAUUGAUGCAAAUGGAAAGAUCUACCUGCCUUAUCUACAUGAGUGGAAGCAUCCUCAGUCAGACCUAUAUGGCCUAAUUCAGGUGAUGAUUGUGGUGUUUGGAGAGGAGCCCCCUGUGUUUUCGCGUCCCACUACACAAGCCCCCUACCAGUCCUUCCAAGCAACUGGACCGCCAAAUCCUUCCUACAUGCCUGGCAUGCCUGCUGUGUCAACCUACGGCGCAAACCCUAACCCUGGAGGCUAUCCUGGAUACCAGUACCCAGGGAGCAACUCUUACACAGCCGCUGGAGGCCCUGCACACUACCCCACCCAGACUCCAGUCUCCACAGUUGGUCCAAGUCGGGAUGGCACCAUUGGUGAGGACACCAUCCGUGCAUCUCUCAUUUCAGCAGUCAGUGACAAGCUUCGCUGGAGGAUGAAGGAGGAGAUGGACAGAGCUCAGGCUGAGCUGGACGCUCUGAAGCGAACAGAGGAAGACCUGAAGAAAGGACAUCAGAAAUUAGAGGAGAUGGUCUCAAGACUGGACCAAGAAGUGACUGAGGUGGACAGAAAUAUCGAGCUGCUCAAGAGAAAGGACGAUGAGCUGAGCGAGGCUCUGGAGAAGAUGGAGAACCAGUCGGAGAACAAUGACAUUGAUGAUGUCAUUGUGCCAACCGCGCCGCUUUACAAACAGAUCCUAAACCUGUAUGCUGAGGAGAACGCCAUUGAGGACACUAUCUUCUACCUGGGAGAGGCUCUCCGCAGGGGCGUCAUAGACCUGGAGGUUUUCCUUAAGCACGUACGUCUUCUGUCCAGGAAGCAGUUCCAGCUUCGAGCCCUCAUGCAGAAAGCCCGCAAGACUGCUGGCCUCAGUGAUCUCUAUUGACCUCCACACUGACUAACUGGAAGCUUUCAUAUCUCCAUUCUCUCCUCUACUCCCUUUCAACUGUUUUACUCCCUUUUUAAUUUCUUCUUGUAUUUCAAACUGCUGCUCGUUUUCUUUUCUCUCUCUUUUUUUUUUUUUUUCUUUUCUUAAAUCUCUGCGACUAUAAAUCUGAGCAGUCGGACCAUCUCGUUCACCACAGGAACGUUUCAUACUGAGUGGCCACAGUUGUAGUGUGACAAUUUAUAUUUUGAUGUGAACAAAAAAUGUCUUUAAGAUUAUUAUACAUGAACAAUCAUCACCCAGACACAAAGAAACAUUUUUUAUAUUUGUGGCCCUUUACAGUGUUCACAUA